GGAAGUCAACUAUUCUGCUGUUACAUUGAUACCCUGACAGUGGUAGUGAUGUUAGCUUGUUUUCCUUGACACUUCUAGCUCAUCCCUUUGCAUUGGUUAUUGCCACCAAGCCUGUAAGGAACCAUGGCCGAGCAGGCCCCGGGAUCUCAACCUGACGGGGCGCUCCAGCAGCGAGUAGCCAUCCUGGAGCAGGAGAGAGCUGAGUUGAUCAGGGUCAAGGAGAAGAUGGAGGCGGAGUUCAACCAUAAGCGAGCCAAGAUUAAGGAACUCUACCUUUCCAAGGAGGAGGAGUUGCAGAGGCAGAGGGCCUCCCUAGACGGGGCCCAGGCGGACCGGAGUGCCCUGCAGGUCCAGCUGGCCCAGGCGCAGGCCGACAUGGAGAACAUCAAGGCGGUGGCCACCGUGUCGGAGAGCACCAAGCAGGAGGCCAUCGACCAGGUCCGCAGCCAGUGGCAGGAGGAGGUGGCCUCGCUGCAGGCCAUCAUGAAAGAUACGGUGUCUGAGUACGAGGAGCAGUUCCACCAGCGUCUGGACCAGGAGCGGGCCCAGUGGAACCAGUACCGCGAGGCGGUGGAGCGCGAGCUGGCGGAGCUGCGCAGGAGGCUCACUGAGGGUCAGGAGGAGGAGAACCUGGAGGACGACAUGAAGAGAGCCCAGGAGGAUGCAGAGAAACUGCGCUCGGUGGUGAUGCCAAUGGAGAAGGAGAUCGCUGCUCUGAAAGCCAGGCUAGCCACCUCGGAUGAAAGGGUGAAGGAGCUGGAGGCGUCCAAGGUGAAAGAGCUCAACCACGUUCUGGAGGCGGAAAAGUCGUGUCGCACGGACCUGGAGAUGUACGUGGCCGUCCUCAACACUCAGAAGUCAGUGCUGCAGGAAGACGCUGAGAAACUACGCAAGGAGCUCCACGAAGUGUGUCACAAGCUGGAGCUGGAGCGGCAGCAGCACAACCAGCUGAAGCACACGUGGCAGCGGGCCAACGACCAGUUCCUGGAGUCCCAGCGGCUGCUGAUGAGGGACAUGCAGCGCAUCGAGAGCGUGCUCUCCUCCGAGCAGCUCCGCCAGGUGGAGGAGACGAAGAAGAAGGACCAGGAGGAGGAUGAGAUGGAACGUCUGAGCCAGGCACAGGACCACCAGGAUGAUGAGGGUGGGGACAACACAGAACCUCUGGACGACAUGAGCCUGGGCCAGAGCCACGAAAAGUACCAAUCCAACCACAGCACUCACGGCUCCAUGCACUCACUGGACACUGAAGUGGUGACCAGUGCUCCCUCCGACCCCUACUGGGACAGCCUGCGGCGGGUCCAGUCCACAGACAGCCUGGGCUCCUCUCUGGGGGCCCCGCAGGGCCUCGGGGCCUACAACCACAAGGCCAAGUCGGCCAGCCACCUGGACUCUGAGUCGGACUUCGGGCCCCUGGUGGGCGCCGACUGCGGGGCCUCGGACGGCUUCAGCGACGCCCUGUCGGUCAGCUCCAUGAAGCUGACGUCCAGCCACUUCCUGCUCACCAAGGACCAGGAGAAGGCCAUCAAGGCCAUGACCCCCGAGCAGGAGGAGACGGCCUCGCUGCUGUCCAGCAUCUCCCACGCCCCGGACACCGCCUUCCUGCCCCCCUCCGGGUACCGGCUGGUCAGCGACAGCGAGUGGAACCUGCUCCAGCAAGAGGUGAAGAACGCCGGCAGGAAGCUGGGCCGGCGCUGCGACAUGUGCUCCAACUACGAGAAGCAGCUGCAGGUCAUCCAGGGGCAGGAGGCGGAGACCCGGGACCAGGUGAAAAAGCUGCAGAUGAUGCUGCGCCAGGCCAACGACCAGCUGGAGAGAACCAUGGCUGAGAAACAGGAGCUGGAGGAGUCUGUGAAGCUGGUCAACGAGGAGUUCACAGCCAAGGUGUCGGCCCUGGUGCAGAGAGUGCAGGAGUCUGAGGCGCUGCUCGCUGCUCUCCAACAGGCCUUCGGCCAGGCCAAGAGGAACACGCAGGAACAGAUGGCGGUGCUGAUGCAGUCCAGGGAGCAGGUGGCGGAGGAGCUGAGCCGCCUGCAGAGGGACAACGACAGCCUGAAGGGGAAGCACCGGCUGCACUCUGAGCUGCAGCAGGAGGAGGGCUUCCUGAUGCCCGGCACUGUGCAGGAGCUCCAGCCCCUGGUGGCGCAGUUGCGGGAGGCGGUGGUGACGGAGCGUACGGCCUCGGACCACCUGGAGGAGCGGCUGAUGGCGGAGGUGCUGUUCCUGAAGGAGCAGAUCCAGGCGGAGCAGUGCCUGAAGGAGAACCUGGAGGAGACGCUGCAGCUGGAGAUCGAGGGCUGCAAGGAGGAGAUCGCAUCCUGCUCCAGCCUGAAGACGGAGUUGGAGCGAGUCAAGAGGGAGCGUGAGGAGCUCCAGCGCAGUCUGGCAGAGAAGAGUCAGAGCCUGGAGCGCCUGCAGUCACGCAGCUCCAGCCUGGACGACCAGCUCAGGGAGCUCACCAGCACCAGGAGCUCCAUGGAGAACCAGAUGCUGGACGAGAGGGACAAGGCCCAGCGUCUGCAGACGGAGCUGGACGUCAGUGAGGCGGUGCAGAAGGACUUUGUCAAGCUGUCCCAGAACCUCCAGAUGCAGAUGGAGCGGAUAAGGCAGGCGGACUGCUUGGACCGCAUCAAAGUUAUUCUUAAUGACACCAACUUGACUGACAUCAACCAACUCCCAGACACAUGAUGCCGUUGAUUGGCCUCAAACUGUCCCCGCCCACCCGCCCAGCCGCCUCCCGUCCCUGUCCCCUGUGUCUGUGUCACUGACCCAAUAACCCCCCCGACCCGUCUUAAGCCCCUCCUCCCACUAUGAUGGGGCGGGCGGUACUGGGGGCGGCAUCAACAAAAAGUAAGCGAGACUUAUCGGAACACACAGAGGAAACUGCGGGCAAACUCUGCACUUGGGGGGUAAUCGCACGUGCGCGCGUUGCUCACGGACUCGCGGAGACGGAAACACUAACAGGAAAACUGUAAAUAACCUGAGAUACUGUCCGUGACAGAAGAAACUUAAGGCCCCUCUCCCUGUGUGUCUGUCCACUCCCCCGUCUCUCUGACCAUCUCUUGUUUCUACUGUAGAUGUAUAUAUAAAUAUAUGACUGUAUGUAUUAGCUCUACCAAAAAAAAAAGGAGUUUAUUGUCUUCUAAUGCACUUUUCACCUGCAUUUUCUUUCUUCAACUCAUCUUUUCGGUUUCCCCUCUUGUAUUAACAUUACACCAGGUUCCGCUCUCGCUCUCUCUCUCUCUCUCUCUCGCUCUCUCUCUCAAGGGAGUUGAAGAUGGCUUUUCCAGCCCACUGUUCCGCUGUUUGGGUCUUUGUUCCGAUGUCUCGGCUAGGCUUGUUUCUGUGAUGUUUUUUCCCGACUCCUCUUUAUGGUAAUUUUAAUCACCCACCCCAUACCCCCCUAACCCUUCAUCCUAUUCUGUGAGACCCUACGACAAUGAUUUAAUGAAGGAAAAAUGGAUGGAAAGUAUUUUCACAUGAUUCAACAAGGGUAAGAAGAAAAAGGAAAUAGAUCAUGAUGUGAGCAAUACCUUCCAUUUGUCUGUAAAGAUGUUUUUUUUCAAACCACUGAGUCCUAUUUUUAUCCUUUCGUGACUGUCUAGUCAGAAAACGAGAUGUGUGUGCAUGAAACUCAAGUCAUGCUACCCCAAUCUCUCUUCAAACAAUAUAUCCUCCUUCUUUGGGAUACAGUGUGAAUCCCUACACUUUUUUCAAGGAACUAAUAUAAUUAUCAAGCCACUCCUAUCUGUACUAGCAGUAAAUAAAUAGGUUAACAUGGUUGAGCAGAAGGACUUCAACAUAGUGUGUCAAAGGAGACCUUGAUCUUAGUAUUACAAAACAGAGUACUAUCUUAUAUCUUGAGUUCAUCUUAGUGUUCCUCAACAAAAUUUUAUUUUUGUGUAAGAUCUGACAAAAUAACAAAACACAUAACAAAACGAUUGGUCCUUAGAAUAAUAUGCAAUUGGCUGUUAAUAAAACACGUUUUUAAUCAGCAUCACAGCACAGGGAACAUAGCAGAGAUUGAGCAGAGAUUGAACUGCACGGUAUCAUAAUAAUAUUCAAAAUGAGUAUCUGGAGAAUGGCUCAUCAACUGGUUGGGACGCUGUAACAGGCUGGAUGCAGUUCCCUCUUUCUCCGCUAGGGAGAAUGAGGCUAUGGUUUAAAAUACAACUUUUAUUUUAAAAAUCCUACUCAUCCUGCUUUGUGUCCUCUUUAAAGACUAACUACUAACUAGACCCAAUUUGUGAAUUUGCUGCCAUCUUAAAUGCCUCACACAUCUUGAAGUACCAACAUAAAGUUAAGGAUACACUUCAAUAAAUGGUUAUUGGAUUUUAACGAUUAGAUGGCAGCAAAAGUAGUCUGUUCUGUAGUUGCUCUUUAAACUUCAAGCUCCUAUUCUGCUAUGACUAAUAGCCAUAACUGUUGCCCUAACUUGGGACAGAUGGUUUCUUGUUUAUUUUGAAAUCAGUUUAACACUUUAAGCAGCUUCUAACCCGUGUUGGCUGUAACCUUAUAAUGAAUGAGCACAGUAGUUGAAUCAUGCCAUUAAGGCCUAUGGCCUUUCUACAUCUGCAACCGCAUUAGAUUGAACACCACUCUUUACACAUGUUUAUUUUCUUCCCCUAAACUCUGGCAAGCCAAGUCCCCAGUAGGAUGACGGAUGAGUUUUAGAAGUGAAAAUGUGAACCAACAACCAGUCUAAGAUUAAUACGCGGUAAACAAUGAUGACUUCUAAAUUUUUGAGUGGGCAAGGGUUCAACCUACUCUGUUGUUACAGCUUGUCUCUGUAUUACGUGGUUAAAAGAGGAACUUGCACACUACACACGCUACAACCCACCUGGCCAACCUAACCAGCUUUUUAGGCCGCCGUUUCUCGUGAUUAUUCAAUUGAAACACAGGUAAAUGUCAAACACUGUUCAAAUAAUUCUUCGUUUUUAUUCUUUCAAUAUUGUGAACGCACCUUUUUAAUGAUUCAAAUAUUUCCAGAAAAAAUUAGUUCCCUCAUGGAGUGUGAUCAUGUGGGUCGGUAAAGUGUCCCCCAAUUCAAAGUGAUCCAGGUGGAUUUACGUUGGAAACACUACAUUGCAUCUGUUUGGUUAUAAAAAGAAUAUUAGCAUGACUAAUAAUGUCUGAUGUAAAACAUAGAAAUAUCAUUUAGCCAGCAGUUUUUUUGCUGUGUGUGUGCGUGUGUGUGUGUUUGUGCGUGCGUGUGUUUGGAAGACAUUAAAACAUUCAUGUCAAACUGUUUUGUUUGCAAGUGUUACAUGUUCUACGGGUUCCAUAUGUCCACUCAUAUCCUUGAUUCAUAUUUAUCACAGAAUUGUAUACGGUUUGGCUAGGUACGAGUGUGGGAUCAGUUGCACUGAUAAAAAACAUAUCUUGGAUUUGUAUGUUCAUGACCCGGGUGAAUGUUUUUUGUAUGCGUGGCACUUCAAUGAGUAACCAUCUAUUCACACUUCUGUAUCAAAUAACUUAUUGCUUAAAAAAAACGAUAUACAUUGACAUUGAA